AAAACCCGUUACUCCUGAGAGAGCUGAAUCUGAGUGAACAUGAACUAGGAGACACACGAGUGAAUCAGAUCGCUGCUCUACUGCAGGAUAAACACUGUCAACUCAACACACUGAUUCUGAAUAACUGCUGUAUCACAGAAGGAGGUUGUCAUGUUCUGGCUGCAGCUCUAAACUCAAACCCUUCAAAUCUGACAGAGCUGGAUCUGAGUGAGAAUAAACUAGGAAACCCAGGAAUGAAGAUCAUCUUGACUCUGUUUGAAAAUGUACAGUGUAGACUGGAAAAGCUGAAGUUAAACUGCAUCAGUAUUACAGAUGAAGGUUGUGCUGCUCUGGCAUCAGCGUUUAAUUCAAACCUCAGAGAGCUGGAUCUGAGCAGGAAUCAAAUAAGAGACUCUGGAGUGACAGAAAUCUCCAGUCUGCUGAGAAAUUCACAGACACUACAGAUACUCAGGUCUGAAUCUGGUUAAUCUAAACAUGAAUCAAUGUAAAGCUCCAGCUGGUCUGUAAACUGGUGCUGUGUCUCAAGGAAUGGGUCAGUAAUGUCAAGUUGGUGAAGAUACAUUUAUAAAAUAUUGACAAACAGAUUGCUUUUUUGAGGUGAUGGGAAAUGUUAAUAUGUCUUUCUGUAGACUUUCAAACUGCAGUAUCACUGAAGAAGGUUAUAAUAGUUGCAAUCAAAAUUAUUCAACCCCUUUGACCUGCAAGACAUUUUGCUGUAUAGAACACAAUUUUAUGAAAAGCAUUCAACAAAGGCAUCAGUAAAGUAUUAGAGAGAGUUUUUUUUAAAUACAAUUCUAAGUGAUUCUGAGAAUGUAACAUUGAAUUCAAACUGGCUCCAAACAUUCAUGUUCAAAAUUAUUCAACCCCCAAAAAUCUUUGGUUUUCACAUUGCCACUGCUUACUUUAAAUUCAACCAGAUAUUUUCAAUGAGAAUUAAAUCUGGAGACUGAACAGGACACUCAAUAACAUUCUGUGACUGAUCCCUGAAACAAGCAGAAGUAGAUUUGGAUUGCUGUCCUGCAGGAAAGUCCAUUGAUCAUCAGAUACAGUCUUUGCACCAAAGGCAUCACAAUUCUUGUCAAAAUGGCCUGAUACUUCAGAGAACCCAUGAUGCCCUACAUACGGCCAUGAUUUCCACUCACGCUACAGUAAAGCAACCCCAUAACAGGACUGAUCCACCAAAGUCCCAGUUUGGUCACAUCACUCCAUAAAACAUUCUUCCAGAACUCCACAGAUCUACCCAAAUGAAUUUUAGCAAGUUCAAGUCACCCUUUUGUUCUUCUUGGUCAAGAGUGGUAUUCAGCAAGAUGCCUCAACAUGAAGGCCAUGCUUGUCUAGUGUUGUUCUUACACACUGCAUUGAAAUGGCUUUCCUCCUUUCAUUGGUUCAUCUUGCAAGUCUUUGGCUGUACAUUGCAGGCUUUUGUCAGUUGCUCUGAUUAAAUAUUUUAUGAUAUUAUGCUUUUUCUUCAACACCCUCAAAGGUUUUCUGGUACAACACACUUAAAGCUAAGGAAUAAGGCUGCGAGCUUUUAAUGUCUUGGAAAUCUUCAUAUAGUCUUAGACUUUCUAAAGUAAUACAAUUAUUUAUUCUAUAGCUUCUCUAUAGCUUUUGUGAGAGCUCUGUUGACUUUGCCAUUUUUGCUACUGAACUUCAGCACACGCAUGGGCUAACUGCAUAUGUAUGUGUAACAGCUUCUAAAGGCUUAAUUGUGUUUUGAGAAUUGUAUUCCCCACCAUAUAAAUAAGUGACUUAAAAACAGCAAUGUUCAAUAGGGGUUGAAUAAUUAUGACAUACCUGUGUUAUUAAAAUACUAAAAAAUGACAUUAUAUAUUGACAUUAUCACUUUUAGUAUGGCAGUGAACUGUUAUAGAUGCAAUUUUGUAUUUUAUCCUGGAUCUUCAGACAAGCUUGUAUUUGUAAAGUAAUGCAGUCUCUGAGGGGUUGAGUAAAUUUGAUUGCAACUGUAGGUUAUAAUUGUGGAAAAUAAUGCAGAAAUUGCAUUUGUUGUAGUUUGUUCACCAAUAUAGAGCUUUACCCUGCUAUACCGUGAAAAGGGUCCGUUCAGGCCUAAGAUUUUUAUUUUAUAGAACAUGUACUUGUAUGACAAUCUGUGUUAUAAGGAAGAAUAACAUCUUUUUUAAUAGACUUUCAGACUGCAGUAUCACUGAAGAAGGUUAUAAAGCUCUGUCUUCAGCUCUGAGAUCAAACCCUUCACACCUGAUAGAGCUGGAUCUCACAGGAAUGAUCCUGGACAAUCAGGAGUGAAGCAGCUCAGUGAUUUACUGCAGGAUCCAAACUGUCAACUGAAGACACUGAGAUCUAAUGGAGGAGAAACAUCAUGUCAAAACUGCAGAAAAAACUCACUCACCGACUGAAAGUAUUUCUUUACUGAAAAGACCAGACAAGAAUAGUUUCACCUGCUCUCAGUGUGGAAAGAGUUUCACAACCAAACAUGGUCUUAAGGUUCACAUGAGGAUCCACACUGGAGAGAAACCGUUCACAUGUGAUCAGUGCGGGAAGAGUUUCACACAAUCAUCAUCCCUUAAGGACCACAUGAACAUCCACACUGGAGAAAAACCGUUCACAUGUGAUCAGUGUGAGAAGAGAUUCACACAAUCAGCGCACCUUAAGGUGCACAUGAACAUCCACACUGGAGAGAAACUGCAUGAAUGUGAUCAAUGUGGAAAAACUUUUUCAUGGGCUUCAGGCUUGAAUAGACACCUGAAAGUUCAUUCGAAGGAGAAACCACAUUCAUGUUCUUUAUGUGGAAAGAGUUUUACACUACUGGAGAAUUUAAAAGUUCAUCAGAAGAUACACACUGGUGUGAGAGAUUAUAUGUGCUUUGAGUGUGAGAAGACUUUUAUUACAGCUCAACAUUUGAAACGGCACCAGAGGAUCCACACUGGAGAGAAACCUUACAAGUGUUCACACUGCGACAAGACAUUCAGUCAGUCAGAACACUUGAAAUCACAUGAGAGGAUUCACACUGGAGAGAAACCUUACAAGUGUUCACACUGCAACAAGAGAUUCAGUCAUUCAGGACACUUGAAAGCACACGAGAGGAUUCACACUGGAGAGAAACUGUAUCACUGCACUGCAUGUGGGAAGAGUUUCAGUCAUUCUUCUUCUCUACGCAGCCAUAAAACAAACAGCCACAUUAAGUAGUUUAUCUUCAGGUCCACUGAUUUCAAGCGCUACACCGCAUCUCUUCCAUAUUAAUCUGUCAUAAGAAACAUCAUCUAAAUUAGUCACAGUGAAUAAAGUUUA